UGUGUAUAUUAAUAUAUCGUUGUCAUAUAAUGAAGUGUUUUUCCAGCUAAUUAACCCAAGACAAAGUUUCUGACUAAGACUCAGCAAUCGGUUUGGAUUAUGAUUAAGACUGUAUCUACUAUUAGAAUUAAUAUAACUAUAAAUGUUGCUCAUUUUUUCCAUACAUUUUGAGUUGACUUUUGUUCACUAAUCAUCAUUAACAACCUUGCUUUGAUAAUUUGCUUGAUUCCUCUCUCUCUCUUUCCACUCCAUUGUCAACUUGGUGAUUGUAUGUUGAACGGUAACAACUGUUUUAUAACUUGUUAUGUCAAUUGGAUGAGUCUACUGUCAACAAAGUAAAACCCAAACCAAUUUAACCAGGAAAGGCGAGUACAAAUCUGCUAAUCUUUUGCUUGUGCAACUUGAUUUUGUUUGGCUGUCCAUCUACACUUGAUUUGAACGGAUCCAUUGUCAAUCUGUCCAUCAUCUAUUCUGUUCAUCUUAAUUUUUUUGCCAACGUUUGAUAGGAUUUGUGCUUGUAUGUGUAAGUGUAUUGGCGUUGCAGCUUACAAAGUGUCUACCUUACAUGGUAACCCUGAAAAAAGAAGAAAGAGAAAAAGAAGAGAGGAAGCUAGAGAGAGGGAGAAACAGAAAAUACCUCUACAUUCAAUUUUUCCUUAUAAUUCGUUCCUUCUUUUGGCUCCUUCUACUUCUUGAUUGUUGGUCGAUUGCCUGUGUGAGUGUUAAGUGUGUAAAUGAGUGAGCGAUCAGGAGAGUUUGAGAGAGAAGACAUCUCAUCACACGCAAAACUAACCAUUCAACAUAAGCACACAAGCACCGAUAGUACCAACCUCAUCAUUGUUUCAAAUGCAAGUGUAUACAUCUAAAUGGUGAAAAAAUAAUAAAAAGGCAAAAGUGUCAAAAGUUUGUUAAAAGUCUAUGAAAUCUGCAACAAAAGACGCGUCAACAGAUAAAGAUACAAAGCCAACAUACCAGUCUUGAUAAAGAUAAAGUUGUCAUUGAAACGUGUGUCGCUCGAACUUGGUUAAUUUAAAUAACUAGUUCUUUUAAACGUAUCGCUGUUAACAUCUUGAUCCACUUUGCAUAUCUUAUUGAGGUGAAGUUUGUUUGUAUCCUUUUAAUUCAAAUGAGCCGGAUUAACAGUGUCCAUUGUGAUUGUUUCAUCUUGAUUCGUUGUGCUACUACUUAAACACGAUCAUUUAUGCUUCCAAGAUUACUCUAUUGCUAUUGUAAUCAUCGUUGUUCUUUUUCAAGUACAUAUAACAUUAAUCAAAAUCUUGUGAUUUUAAUCUAAUAUAACGGGGAUAAAGUCAAUAUCAAUCUAAAUCUUUACUGCUUCAUGUGAGUGAGUUGAAGCAAAAACUUGUCCCCUGUACCUCAUAGAAUCACAUCGAAUUUGAUUCUUUGUUAAUUCAUUUUCGAUUGAUUCUUGGCUUCUUUUUUUAAAUACCAACCAUAACGAAUGUCGUACGAAGAGAAGAAAGUUUUCUGUACCAAUGAUCCCAAUUCAGGAGGUCUUAUUUUGGGCCAACAGAAUUGUUUACCAACUUCUGUACUUACAUCGGGUAUAUCUGCAACUCCAGUAAAUGAUACUGGAAAUGGACCAAACGACCAGUAUUCACCAUACGAUAAUCCAGAGGGAUUGAUCAAUCUAAUUAAUACAGAGCUUUCGCCAGUUCCUGUUUCUUUAUCGUCAAAUAACGCAGCUCUUGGACCACCACAUCAACAGCAACAAACACAAACAAUUGUAAAUUCAUCAUCGCGAAUCUGUGAUCAAUUGAUACUCUCUAUGGAGUGCUCAUCAAAUCCUACCGUAUCAUCCAUGACAAGAAUUCAUUCCGGUCAUUCUCAACAAGUUCAACAUCACCAGCAUCAACACCAACAUCAACAUCAACAUCAGCACCAACACCACCAGCAACAAAUUCAUCCACACCAUCAUCAUUUGUCACCACCAUCAUCAGGUCAACACCAAUCAUCAUCGCCAUUGCAAUCAUCUAGUAGUCUAGGGUCACCAGUAGCUGCGUCUUUCCUUUAUCGACUAAACGAUCAUACCAAAAAAAGUAAAAUUGAAAUUCAACUUGAAAAUGGAUCAACAGGUAUAUCAUUGGGUCCCAUGGAAACUGAUGAUAAUUCAAGGCCGUAUUUAAGGAUUGUAGAAGAGCCAACAAAUCGGAUAAGAUACCGGUAUAAAAGUGAAAAGGGAUCUCAUGGCGGUUUAACGGGAGAAAACAGUUCACAAAAUAAGAAAACGUAUCCAACUGUCAAGCUAGAGAAUUACAGGUCUUCCAAUCAAGUACACAUUAAAGCAAGUCUUUAUACCAAUGAUUCAGCACCAAAACUCCAUGUACACAAGCUGAUGGGUAAACAUUGCAAUGAAAAUGGCUUUUGUAUUCUUCCGAUUGGAGAAAACAAUCAAGCAGUAUUUCAAAAUUUAGGAAUAUUAUUUGUUGGUAAAAAAGAGGUUCCAGAGAUUCUGUACCAACGUAAACUGGAAGAGCAUAAAUUAAUUUGUGCCCUCAAUGAUAGAUCACAAUUAGCCGAGGCUGAUAGGGAAAGGCUAAGAGAAGAGGCUGAUCGAGAAGCCAAACGAAUAAACUUGAACUGUGUUAAAAUAUGUUUCCAAGCGUUCGAUCAGAAUCAAGGAAUGAACUUUCCGAUUUGUGAUGCUGUAUUUUCACGACCUAUUGCUAAUCAAAAGUCUCCCGACUCUGGUGAAUUGAAGAUCGUUCGAAUGGACAAAUAUUCAGGUGUUUGUACAGGCAAUGAGGAAGUAUUUCUGCUUUGUGAAAAAGUAAACAAAAAAGAGAUUAAAAUACGUUUUUUUGAGACUGAUAUGGAAGGUAAUCAGACUUGGGAAGCUUUUGCCUCUUUUACGGAAGCUGAUGUCCAUCAUCAAGUUGCCAUUGUCUUUCGAACACCUCCUUACCAUAAUAUGAACAUUGACAGAUCGGUUCAGGUCUAUGCACAGCUUUACCGUCCAAAGGACGGUGAGUACAGUGAACCUCGACCUUUCACAUACAAGCCCAAACCUGUGGACCAAGAAGGUGUGGAAAGGAAGAGAAAGAAAAUGUCGACUCAUUUUAAUUCAGCAUUUCCCAUGUUAGGAGGCACACUUGGAUCGAUUGGAUCAGGAGGUUUAGGUUCAGCUUCAUCACCAGUAGGAACUGGAAAUGUUGUCGGAAAUAAUGGCGAUGGAAAUGGCGAUAGAAAUAUUAAUGAUAGAAGAGCCAGUAAUGAUGGAGUUAACACUAUUGGAAAUGGUGGAGACGGGAUUAAUGGCCCUGGAAGUAAUGGAGGACGUGUUGGAAGAGGUGGGGUUGGUGAUGGCAGUGAUGGUAGUGAUCAAUAUGGUGGAUUCACAGGUAAUGGUCGUUAUUUUAUCUCACAACCAAUGUCAGCCCAAGGACCAAAUAGUGCCUCAACUGAAUCUACUGAUGUCAACUAUUAUGGCCCUAACUAGCUAAAGAAACUUAAGAUAUCUAGUUAACAACUUUAAGAGCAUGGUAAUUGGUCAUAUUAUGCUUUAUUUAUCAGGAUUAUCAUAUCAUCAAAAAAUAUGAAUUCAUUCAUCAACUUUAGGAUUGCCUGUUCCUAUCUCUACUGACAAUUUGGUGUCAUGUAAACAACGUUAAUAUCACCAAAAAUGUGUUAUUAUGAUUAAUACAUCUAAAUCACCAAGUUGAAUUUUUCUUUUUUAUCUUUUUCUUAGAUUGAUACUCUCCAUUGUGAUCAAAUGACUUGAGAUUCUCAGAUACAUUCACCAACAAGUCUACAAUGAUGGUUUAGAGGAAAAGGAAAAGCGUAUACACCUGGAUUCUCAUGAUCAUUACACUUUUUAUUGGAUUAGCUUGUGCAAACAAACCUAAAUGCACAAAGUGCAUAAAGUUGUUUUGUGAUUCGCUUCAUCCUCAAAAGAGCUGAUUUAUAAUGUUUAUUCUAGUCACAUGCAUUAUCUUAAUGAGUAAUAACCUGACGUACCAAUUGUCAAGCAUUUCAAAAACAUCCGAAUUUGAAAGUAUUGGUUGCGGUUAUUGUUUAUAAUCGGCUUCAACUUGUUUAUAACUACAAUGAUCUCUUGCAGUGGAAGGCUUUUCUUUGGUUAGACUGUUCAAAUUUCCAAUUGCAUCGACGUGUUCCUAAUUGAUUACAAUGGAUUUUCUUGCAUCUAAAUUACUCUUGGAAACGCGUCCAGUUCCAUCGUAAACCAAUAUUAUGAGAUUAUUUUAGAUUUAUAUUAUCCUGUUAAAAAUGUAAAAAUCCUGUUAUGUGAUGGUUAAAGUAUUAAUGUAAUCAUAAAUUUUAACAGCUGUAAAUCGUUUUUCAGUCAUGAUGAUCAGACUUGAUGAUUGAAUUGAGCAACUUUUUGUAAUCAAGGGGGAUUCAAUCCAUAAGUACAAUCAACUCAACCUAGGAAGUGAAAACAUCGUUCAUUGAUUUCAAAAAUAUUUUUAAAUUCACUUUUUUAAACUCAAAUAAACUCUAAAAUUCUCGACUAUCAACGAUGUAUCAUUUUAUGAAAUAAAA